AUGGAAUGCGUGGAUGCAUCUAAGCACCAAUCUUUGUAUCUCCGGUUCCACUCGAUAUCUAAGCUACCUUUCGUGGAUCCAAGAUUCUACAGCUUCGAUCAAAAAUUCGUCAUUAUUGUUUUUGCGCCACCAAAUCUUCGAAACUUGGAGUAUUUCACUGUGCGUCCUAUCUUACUCCAAAGCACCUAUUUGGCACACGAGACUGAACCAUAUACCAAGAGUAUUCAGUUUUUGCAUAACGGAGAUGAUGGACUUGACCAUCUUUCAAUGUUGAGUGAAACCGUCCUAGACAAAAUCAAUGCUUGUUCCAAAACACGCGUCCAGUUUAGAGCCCUAAAUUUUGGCAAGAGUGCCCGAAAGAGCAGGGUCAUCUCAAAUGCUCUUUUAGAAACCAUUGGUAUUAUUAUCUCAGUUCUUGUUAGGACAAUCACAUAUUUAGACACUGAAAUAUUUGGUAAGAAGCUUGUUCAGAGAUCUACUUGGUGCCGGCAACUAGACAUACGGCUAAGGCAAGUUUCUUUCUUUCCGUUCCAAUAUUUGAGCUACUAUGAUACAUCCUUCCUCAGACCCAAUAUCCGACAACAGCUUGGCAUACCCAUGUCGAAUGAGAGAUACAACAUCAAUAACUCCAACUACAUCAAUUUGUACAAUACACUUUGGUUAAUGAUCAAUGACAUUCUCAUCGGAUGCACAAUUUACCGAGUCGUUUCGGAAAGUUUGACAGAGCGAAUGAACAUGUUUAAUAAUACUUUGCUUGCUAUGUGCUUUACAAAAUUGAAUAGUUUCAUAACUUGGAUAGGUUGUGAUUAUCCUGGUGGCCUCAAGCUUAACAAUGAUCUUGGCCAAUUCAUGGAACUACUUUUUCUUUGGACAUCUCAAUUAUGCGGUGACGUAUUCAAAAGCUUGAUAGAAUCUGAUUCCUGGUUCAAUUACACCAUCAAGCUUUGGUUCCAGGCGUCUUGCUACUUGGGAGUAUCAUUCGUUACAGCAUUUUUCAUUGAUUACAUCAAAAUUGUGAACAUUCAUGUGUAUCUCUUCAGUCUUGGGGCAACAAAGAUAUAUCAUCGGCAAGUUGAAAUGCUAAAGUCUUUGAUGCAGCUCUUCCGAGGAAGAAAGUACAAUAUUUUGAGGAAUCGUAUCGACAAAAUCGAAGAAGAUCAACUCAGAAUCGAUCAGUUGCUUUUGGGAACGUUUAUUUUCUUGGUUUUAAUUUAUUUGUUGCCCACAACCUUUGCAUUUUAUUUCCUUUUCUACGCUUCAAGAGUGGCAGUGAUGACUUGCUUGAAGUUGGGAGAAAAGGUCAUUCUUUGCUUGAAUCUAUAUCCUUUAUUUGUGGUUCUACUCAAACUCAAAAAUUCUCGUCGUCUACAAGGUGGGAUACACUUCACUCACAAAGGCCACUAUGAAACAACUGAUUGGCUUUUUAUGGAGAACAAGGCGUUGACAUUCGAUGAAAUAUUCGGGAAUUUUGUGCACGUCUUCCGUCAAGAAGGCCGUCUUGAAAGGUUACUACUCAAUUUCGCCGAAGGUCUCGAUUUGCAGGUGAAAGAUACUUCUUGUGAGAAAUUUCAAUAUUUGAUGCUUCCGAAGAAUCAUACAUCGCUCGUCGAGGUUUGGGGAAAAGCGGCAAAUAGCAAAGGAAGAUGA